AAUUCUACCCCCAAUCCCUCCCUCCCUCCCUCCCUUCUCUCCAGGAAGUCCAUCUAAGGAUAUCUGUCUUCCUUUUGGAAAUCCCUCGAGAAGAUAAUUCCAGGAGGCUCGUUUCUUUAACCCACACAUGGAAUGCGUCUGAGGAGUCCUUGUACUUCAGUGCUUUUGGUUUUUAAACCCCUUUCUGGAACCUCCUCUUGUGUUCGUCUACUUUUGGAUGCGCUCGUAAUAAGGAUACGAGAACAGAAAAAGGACGUCACAUUCUUCUCCAUGACAGCAAGACUUUAGGAAAGGGAGUGGACUUUAUCAUUAAUUUUUUUUUUUAAAAAGAAAUAUCCUUUAAUAUUUAUAUCAGUACUGACAACCCGUACAAACUUUGACAAACGGGUGAAACCGAACAUGGAGUUGCCACCCAGGGCAGGUGGCUAUCGCCAGAGCCGGAGGUCUCGGUCCCAGAGGGACAGAGAGAGGAAGAUGGCCGGGACUGGGGGCAGGGACUCCAGGCCCUACUCGCCUUCCUCUGGGUCAGACCGAGAGACGGGGGAGGGUCCGGGCUCCUCCAGGCCCAGGCCUCCCAGGCGCAGGAGGAGGGAGUCCACGUCCUGCGAGGAGGAUAUCAUUGAUGGGUUUGCCAUCACCAGCUUCCCAACGCUGGAGGCCCUGGAGGACGCAGUGCCGAAACCCCCCGAGCGGACAGACAGCCAGCGGAAGCGGCUGGAAAAGCGGAAACCCGAGGAGAGCAGGCCCAGCUCGCCGUGCGAGGGGCCAAGGAGGGCGGAGAGCUCGGACCGCGAUCAGAGCCGGCACAAUGGGGACCGGGAUCACAGGAACCCACCGCCUACCAAAAAGGUGAAAACCAAGGGCCCGGCCAGAGGGAAUGAAAGCACGGGCGGCGAGAACGCAAGCUCCCAGCGCAGCAGCUCGCGUGGCGCGGGCAGCGAUGUCUCUGCGCACUCCAGCUUGGGAACGGGAUAUUUUUGUGACAUUGAUAGUGAUCCAGACGACAAGCCCCUCGGCGACGAGGCUUUGUGUGGCCCCAGGCUGGAUUUCACAUCUGCUCAGGAACACAUGCUGCAGAGCAUGUGGCAAAGGAUCUCAUUUGCGACCUCAGACGACGGCCUCUCGAAUUUCUUCACCACAGCCACUAAGAUAGCCUCCGAUUUGAAUGGCGCGGUGACUCCCAAGGGCGAAACCAAAGUGUCUGGGUUGGAGAGGAGCCAGGAGCGGAACCAGGGACCGGACAAGGACCCCCUGCUAGUGCCUUCCCUGCCUACGGAGCCUAUGCCGCAGGCCGUGGCCGCCAACCCCGUCCAGGCCCCGGCCCGCUCGCAGGCCCAGGCUGAGCCCACGGCCAGUGCCCAAGCUGGGACCCGGACCCCGGUGCCAACACUGUCCAACCACCAUCACCACCACCACCACCAACACCACCACCACCAUCAGCAGCAGCAGCAGCAGCAACAACAGCAGCAUCAUCGCCAGUCCACACCGGCGAGGGUCACCCCACAGCCCAAACCGCAGACGCCAGUGCAGCCGCAGCACCAGACGCAGCCUAAAGUGCAACCUUUCAGCCAGCACCAGCUGGUGUACCUGAGCAGCAGCAGGAGCAGCACUCCGUCCAAGCCUCUGGCCCCGGCCUCACAGCUGCCACACCGUGCCUCGACGCCUUCGUCGCUCACGCUGGGCCUGAGCAGCCAGCCUGCCACCCACGGCUUCGUCCCGGCCCUGCGGCCCUCUUCCCACCCCCCGCACCCUCACCCGGGCAUGUUCACCCCCUCCCCCGGCCUGCCACCCCCUCCCCCGCUGACGUCGACCAUGCUCCAGGUGGCGGGACACCCCUCCACGGCUGCUGUGGCAGCGGCAGCGUUCUCUGAGCAAGAGCUGAUCCGCCAGGAGCUGAACUCGCGGUACCUGAGCUCGCAGGGCACGGAGCGGAGCGCGGCACUCGGCCCGCCGUCCUUCCAGUUCCACCAGCACAGCCACCAGCACCAGCACACCCACCAGCACACCCACCAGCACUUCGCCCCCUACCCGGCAAUCCCUCAGCCCGGCCUGGUCCCCGCUCCGGCACCGUCCAUGGUGCGUACCCCCCGCCGAAACUACUUCCAGGGCUAUCACGCCCCAGUCUCUGGGAUGCCUUCUGUGCUGCCCCCGGCUGGUCCCUUCAGCUCUCUGCAGGGUGCCUUCCAACCCAAGACCCCCAAUCCCGAGCUGGCUUCCAGAUCGGGUCCGGUGCCUCACACCUUACUGCAGAAGGACCCCAGGUUAACUGAAGCGUACAGACCUACAAUACGGAAGCCUGGUAAAUGGUGUGCGAUGCAUGUGCAAAUUGCGUGGAUGAUCUAUCAGCAUCAGGAGAAGAAUAAGAUGAUCCACACGGACCACCACAAACUGGACUUCACCAAGACGGACCUGCUGAGCCGGAACGCCAGCAGCAUCUUCGGGCCCAUCACGCACUCACAUGAGCUGGCCCGGCCAGCCACGCUCUUCACUGCUGCAGAUGCCGUGCAUCCAGCGUCCGCACCGUUUGCUACCCCGAGUGCUCUUAACACAUUCCUCAAUCCUCCAUCCCACCUCGAUCCCUACGGCAGGACCCAGGCCUACAGUGCGAUCGGGCAGCUGACGAACAGGGCCUUUGGAGGGCUGGGGAACCCCGCAGUAGCUGCCAGUACUGUGUUCGCUCACAAGGAGAGCCCAGCCGCCCAGGGCUUCGGGAGCCCUCGCGAGCAUUGGAACCGCCUGCACCAGACGCCCCCCUCCUUCCCCACCCCUCCGCCUGCGUGGCCCAGGCCAGGGGAGGGCGAGCGGGACCGGAGCAGCCUCCUGGACAAGGAGCCCGACUGUGACAAGCACGAGAUCCCCUUCAUCAAAGAGGAGAAGGAGAGGGAAGCUGUGUACAGUCGCUACUCGGUCCGCAUGUCUCCGGCAGCCCAGAAAGCCGGCAGUGGCGUCCCGGUGAUGGACGAGGAGAGGGGCCGCCCCCGGAGCAGCAACAGCAGCGAGCCACGAGGAGCCACCCGGGAGCGGGAGCGGGCCGAGCCCCCCAGGGACCAUUUCAAGCAGGAGCAUCGAGGCCGGGAGUUCCAGCCGCCGCUGGCAGAGGACGGCCGGGUCGCUGCCAAGAGGUCGGGGGAGGAAACGGGCAAGGGCGCCCGCGAGACGGGCAGGGAGCCCUCGCCCUACUCCCGGCCACCCGGCGCCCCCGAGGGCCUCAAGCCGAGCCUUCUCCGCGAGCUGGCCAAGCGGCACGAGGUGAAGGUGAAGGAGGAGAGGAAGGAGGAACACGACCUGGUGGCAGCGGGGGUGGCGCCGCCGGGUUUCGAGUCCGCCGCCCAGCUCCCGCGCGGUCACGUCCCCGGGGGCGCGACGCACGCCCUGCACGCCCUGCACCCGCUGCCGGUGCCCCUCGCCGUGGUCGGGCAAGUCAACGGCCUGGGCGUGCUGGAGAGGAAUCGGGUGCUGGCCGGCCCGUUCCUGGGGGUCGGCCACCCCGGGGUCCCGCCCGGCGCCGGGGGCGAGCGCCUGGCGCCCUACGCCUGGGACCCCUUCCGCGACCCCUGGCGGGAGGUGUGCCGGGGCCCGGAGCUGUCACCGCUCCACCAGCGCUACCCCGUGCCCCAGCCGGCGCCGCAGCCUCGCUUCUACGAGCCCGAGCGGCCCUACCGGGAGCGGUCACUGCUGCGCGACCUGGUGCCGGAGGGCCUGCUGGCCGAGGCCCGGCGCGAGCAGGAGCCCGGCGGCCUCCUGGACGAGCAGCUGCUGCUGCGCGAGGAGUACGAGCAGCGGGCCCGGCUCCUGAGCUUCCUGGGGCCCCCGCACCCUCACCACCCUUACCCCCGCGUCAGCCCCUCCUCCCUGGUGCACCAGAACAGCCUGCUCAGCAAGACGCCGCCCAUGGCCACCCUGGGGGCGCCGCCUCCCCUCAUCUCCUCCACCGGAGCCCGGCCCGGCUCCCCUCCCACUCGCGCCACCCCCCUCUCGGCCUCCGAACUGCGGGACCUUUCCACCUACAGUCACAAGGACCGGGACUCCAGAUAACCCGACGAGGAAGGAGGGAGAGGGAGAGAGAGAGAGAGAGAGAGAGAGAGAAGCGGCCAGAGUCUUAAACAAAAAAUCCGAGAGCCGACACAGACUGUGCAGCCCCCCCACCCCCGUGCAUUUAAUGCCCGUGGUCAACUCGAAACUCUUUUUUGAAACGAAAGGCUGUCAGAGAAAAGAAACCAUGUAAAUAUUUAUAUUAUAUAACCAGCGCGACACAUUGGCUCUUGGGGCAAGCAACAGCAAAAUAUUUUGUACAUUUUUAAAAAGGUUUGGGGGUGUGAUUUUAAGCAAUGCAAUUUUAUUUUCUCCUCUUUGUUCUUUGCCCCCGCUACCCCACCCCCCCCCCCCCACUUCCCCUGCGUCCUGUGACCUGCGCCACCGCUCUCACCCACCCCAACCCCAACCCCACCCCACCACCCGUCUCCUGGGCCCCCCAACGAGUUUUUAAUUGUAUUUUUUUUAUGGAAACAGUAUCUACAUUGUAAAGAAGAGCUUCCUUAAUCAUAUGUGACCGAGGAUUCGAUGUAGCUGAAUUAUAACGGCUUUGACAACGAA